AUGCGUCUCAAGCUGAUCUCACUGCUGAUGCUCGGCAUCGCGACGGCCAGCAUCGCUGUGGCCGCAGAGGUCAACCCCGCUGCCACCCGGACCGCCGCCGCGCUUGAACCACUUGCGACGAAGGAGUGCUCGGAAAAGUGUGACCUCGACGAUGGACCUUGCCUCUUGAAGUGCAUGGACGACAAUGACAAGAACUGUCUGUCCGGCUGCACUUACCACACCAACUUCUAUCCCUGCAUCAACAGCUGCGUCAAAAAGGCCUUCCAUGACGCUCCGGGCGCGGUCAGUGCGGACGCCGUCCACCCCGAACAGUACAGCCUUUACUUCGACAACAAGGAAUGCUACAAUGCCUGUGGAUCACGCGGCUCCAAAUACUGCAAGGUCUACUGCAACUACCAGUACUACUGGAGCUGUCAGCACGCUUGGGGCAUUGGCUGUCCUUCCUUCAUCACCGAGAAGACCAGCACCACGCUCACCCAGAAGGUCGUCUCCAUGGCUGCCCGUGACAACGUCCCACGCACUGUGUCGGCUCCUGCCAUCACCAAUCAUGUCGCUUUGUCACCGUGUGCCGACCAGUGCCGUCGAGGCGACAGGCAGUGCCUGCGACACGUCGUCGACACUUGCUCGGACCCGCUCAUCUACUCUUGCAAGGCGAGGUGCGGUACCAUCAACGAUGAUUGCAUCAUGGAUUGCGUUGAGCGCGCUUACACUGCGACCCUGGCCGUCCCGGACUCUGCUGGCUCAUCUACUCCCGCUUGA